ACAGGGAGAGACGGAAGGAGAUGGCCGACUAGAGGCAACGUUACCUUUGCUACUUCGUCGGCGAUAUUUGUUUUUACGCGACACAUCUUCACAGCUUAAGCGGGAGAGAGGACGUUAUAACUACACAGCUCGUCUUCCACGAUGGCAGAACAAAACAGCAACGUCAGAUAUCAAGAGCUGGUGAAUGAGGAGGAGCCGGCCCAGCCAUCUCAAGAGGGUCCAGCCCAGGAUGCACCUCCCCCCUACAGCAGCAUCGCUGCAGCAAAUGCAGCUUUCUUUGAAUACAAGGAAGAUGGAGGAAGAUUUCCUAACCCUCCGUCCUACAGCGUGGCCACCACUCUGCCCUCCUACGAUGAAGCUGAGAGGAGCAAAGCAGAGGCUGCGAUUCCCCUCGUCGCUGGAAGAGUCACGGAGGAAGACUUUGUGGCCAGGGACGACUUUGAAGACGCUGACCAGCUGCGAAUAGGAAAUGACGGCAUCUUCAUGCUCACCUUCUUCAUGGCAUUCCUCUUCAACUGGAUUGGCUUCUUCCUGUCGUUCUGUUUGACCACAUCUGCCGCUGGUCGAUACGGGGCCAUCUCUGGCUUUGGCCUGUCGCUCAUCAAAUGGGUUCUUAUUGUCAGGUUUUCUACCUACUUCCCCGGUUACUUUGAUGGGCAGUACUGGUUGUGGUGGGUCUUCCUGGCUCUGGGCUUCAUGCUGUUCAUCAGAGGCUUUGUUAACUACUCCAGAGUGCGUAAACUUGCCGAUCCCACCUACGCCACUCUUCCCCGCACAAGGGUACUCUUCAUCUAUUAGAGCCAGAAUACAAGACGUUGGAUGUGGAAGAACUGGACAUGACCAACACAAGCAGCAAUCCAGAAAUCAGUCGGAAGAGUUGAAGAAUAGAUGAAGGCGACCGUCAGCAAAAUAUUCAGGAAUUCUAUCACUUUGUUUUAUUUUGUUUGAAACUUUAUUAACGGAAAACGGUUAACAGUAAUUAGUCCCUCAAUGUACUCAUUAGUGGCGAAUGUUAAGUGCUAUUUAUCUCUGUCUGUAAUGUAUAAGUAAUGCCUUAUAUCAUUUGAUGGUAGCAUACGAGCAUGCGUCUGCUCUCGAGGUCAAUAAAUAGGGUGAGUAAUGUUGGUGUUGGCGACACUUGGCCCCGAAAGCCAACAGGUAUUAGUUAAUACAGCACUCUGUAGAUUUGCCAUAAGCAUGCAACAUACUUUGUAAUCCGCACUAAUCUCACCUCAUGGGUUUGUUGUGAUUCUUAUAGGCUGUUAUUAGAUACCACAAACACUUAAACGGUUGUCAUUAGGCCGUAAAUGACAAUGCUGAUACACACAUGACCACAUAACUCGCUCACCUGUUGGCUUUAAGUAGUGUUGCCCUGAUUCUAGCCAGGAGGCGGCAGUGUCGUCUGCUUCUUCAAGGGGGCUAGAAGCUUUUUUUGUAAGGGUCGUCGUCAUAAUAAAACAUAACAUGCUUGUGAUUCAGAUGUUUUUAUCUAAUUCAAGUGCAGUGUCAGUGGAACACACCAAAAUUGCAUCCAUGUGUCAUGAAGUUAUGAUUUUGCUUGUUAAAUGUUUGAUUUUUUUUUGCUGUACAUUAAAUCAGGGAAAACCAUCCACCCUCGAAAAUGGAAUUUAAGUUUACAGACGUGAUCUUAGAAAAUCCAAAACAGGAAUAAGCCGCAGUUAGAAACCAGGUGAAAUGUCAAGUGACAAACCCCCCCAACCAGGAGCGGCUCAGUCAACAGUGAGGGGACGGUGACUUUGAACGGUGAGCAACCAGGAGGGUUUUUAUGGGUGUGCGAGCACAUUUCCUGGUUCAUGUCCUUUAAAAAUCCUUUAGAUGUUACAAUUUGACCUUUUUUCCCAUGACUCCUUAGUGAGUCAGCACAGUCCUGUUCACUGUCAGUGGAAAAGCUCAGAGUCUCGCCUGUCUGGACUUCAGCUGCUAAUGAUCCCACUCAGACAUUUGGAUCCAGUUAUCUAAAAGCAUAAAAAUAACUUAAAUUCCAUUUCCUGGUGGGGGUUUUGCCUUAAGAUUUAAUUGACAGUUUGGGAAGGGAAAUGUUUUCUUUCUUUUUAGAAAAUUAUUCAUAAGGUAAGAUGUUAUUUUGUGGGUGUCAAAACUAUAUCAAAGAAUGUUGUAUGCAGGUGCACUUUUAGAAACAUAACUAAUAAAACCCAGAGGACGUUCCCAUCAUUGUUUGAAGUCCCAGACGUAUGAAACAAGGAAUGAAUAAUGCAACGUGGUGUUUCUGUUUUAUAUGCUGGGGAAAGAGCAUGUCAGGAUAAUUAAAAUGUUUGUAAUCUAACCACUGAUUGUCAAACGAAAGAGUUAAUAUGUAUUUCAGUCUGGCCCGGCAAUCUGAACUGUUUACCUUAUCAGUUAAACUCAUACGACAUGGCUUUGAUACAGAUCCAUAUGCUUAUUUCUAUGUGAUGUAGAGCUGCAGCCUUGGGGUUUUGUUGUUAUGAAACUGUACAGAAAGCAUUUAGUGUUGAAUAAAUGUCACUUUUAAUGCGUCAGUA